AUGAACAACCAGGCAAUGGCAGGCAUUAUCAUGCUGAACCGGCUCAAUCCGGCUACCACUCGCUUCUCGGUUGGCUGCACCGCAGGAGCCCGAGACAGCCACGCUCCUGUCUUUGAAGAAGGAAAGGACUAUGAGAUUGUUCGAACUGUCAGGCUUCACUCUGUCAGAAGAAGAGACACCGGGAACGUCAGGCCAGAGACCAUUAAGUACGCAAUGACAGUAGGAGGAAGAGACAUUGUAAUGCACUUACAAAAGAACAAUGGCUUACUCACCAGAGACUACACAGAGACAUUUUACCAAGAAGAUGGCACGCAAGUCACCACCUCUCCAAAUGACAUUGAUCACUGUUACUAUCACGGGAAGAUUGUGAAUGAAAGCCAGUCGACGAUUAGCAUCAGCACUUGUGAUGGACUUCGGGGUUAUUUCAGGACAUCAGCCCAGAGAUACUUGAUUGAGCCCCUUUCCGGUAAUGAUGAGGGGGAGCACGCUGUAAUGAAGUUUAACGAGAAGGACAACACACCUGCCGUGUGCGGCGUCACCAACACUACAUGGGACACAGACAUUGAGCCACCAACAAGCCGCAGUCGCUCCAGAUCAGCGGGUAUUUCUAUAGUUCAACAACAGAAAUACAUCGAGCUCUACCUUGUUGCUGAUAACCGUGAGUAUGUGAAGAUGAAAAGGGAUCAAACCGAGCUGAGAAGGAGGAUAUUUGAAGUCGUCAACUUUGUCAACAUGGUAUACAAGCCCUUAAGAACCUUCAUCGCUCUUGUUGGGCUGGAAAUCUGGUCUAAUGGUGACUUGAUCACCAUCACUCCUCCAGCUGGAGCUAAUCUAAAUGCUUUCAUGACAUGGAGGAAUUCUGUGCUGGUCAAGAGAAAAAAACACGACAAUGCACACCUUAUCAGUGGUAUUGACUUUGAAGGAGCAACAGUGGGACUGGCCUACAUCGGGACCCUCUGUUCUGCUCAUUCUGUUGGUGUAGUGCAGGACCACAACAACCGUGCCAUUGCUGUGGGGGCCACGUUGGCUCAUGAGAUGGGCCACAACCUAGGCAUGAAUCAUGAUGACUCCAGUGCUUGCACCUGCACUGGUGACAGUUGCAUUAUGGCUGCGGCCCUCAGCUGGGACACCCCUCGCGCUUUCAGUAGCUGCAGCAGCAGUCAGUAUGCGAACUACUUGAGCAACCGCAACCCAAGCUGUAUGCUGGACAAGCCGGACUUCAGGAGCCUGGUGAUUCCUUCUGUCUGUGGAAAUGGUUUCGUGGAGGAAGGAGAGCAGUGUGACUGCGGGACUGUAGAGGAGUGCACCAAUCCAUGCUGUAAUGCUACCACUUGCACCCUUAGUGAGGGAUCCCAGUGUUCAACAGGGGAAUGCUGUGACAAAUGCAAGAUACUACCGCGAUCUCACGAGUGUCGUAGUAAGGAAGAUGAGUGUGAUCUCGCAGAAUACUGUGAUGGAAAGACUGCCGCCUGUCCCGAGGAUGUAUUCAAUGUAAACGGCAUACCAUGCGACAAAGGUGCUGGUUAUUGUUAUAACGGCCAGUGCCCUAAAAGAUCGGACCAGUGCAUCAAAAUGUAUGGCGCAAGUGCAAUACAGGCCCGUAAUUUCUGCUACGACCAGAAUACCAGAGGAACAUACUAUGCCUUCUGCAAACGUCCCUCAAAUGACGUCUUCAUCCCGUGCCAAAAAGAAGAUGUUUUUUGUGGAAAGCUCUUCUGUCACAAUGGAAAAGACAGCCCAAACUAUGGUCGCAUGGUGAGGUUCAGUGAUUGCAAAACAGCUUUCUUUGCGGAAUAUACUAAUGACUACGGCCAGGUGGACACCGGAACCAAAUGUGGGGAAGGAAAGGUGUGCAGUGAGAAUCAGUGUGUGAGUCUUCCAACUGCUUACGGAAGCGUCAAUUGUUCAGCAAAAUGCCCUGGCCAUUCAGUUUGUAAUCACAGAAGUGAAUGUCAGUGUGAGCCUGGCUGGUUGCCUCCUUCAUGCAGUUCCACGGACAACGAGUUCAGCAGUCUUUCAAGUGAAGCAACUGCGGCCAUUGCCGUGACAAUUUCACUCGUGAUUCUGGGGAUUAUUGCUGCCAUUAUAGGUGUCGUCUGGAAAAAACGACAGAGCUCCAUGUUACCAACUACACACAAAGGAAGAAAGCAGCCGGAAGUGGACAGCUCUGCUUUCCGUCCUAACAAAACACUAGUUCCUGGCCCACCAAUGCCGCAGGUUGGGAAGCCAAAACCCAAAGGAGCUCCACCUCCACCACCAACAGCAGCAGCAAACCACAACUACGUCGGAGUCCGUCAGGCACUACGGCCAGUACCUCCACCAAAGGUUUAA